AUGUAUGAAUUGAAAAAAUCAAGAUCAAUCCCGGUCGGUAGGACGGGCACAUUCACGGAGCGCGGGACUGGAGUGGCGACAUGUGGCGUGCGCCCGCGCCAGUCGCCCGGCCGCCGCGCUCGCACGAUGCUGCGUCUAUCCCUUCUCGUGAUCUUCCUUACGCACCGCAUCCGAACCGCUCAUGUCACCGACACGCCGUUCUCGAACCGUUUCGACAAACUUUACCAAAAACUAGACAAGUUAACUGCCGCCCCCGACCGCUAUUCCGAACCGUCUCCGGAAGACAAGUUGUACGAAAAAUUGGAUCGAUUAAAUGCCAUUCGGUUGCCCCCGGAACGUGAGGAGUUGACUGAUGAGGAUGAGGAGUUGUUGUCUGCUAUGAAGGUGUGGGGAGGGUUGAGUGCGGAACAGAUGGAUGGAGUGGUGAAAGACCUGCAGAUGAUGAAGGAGGAGCGGCGGGAGGAGGCUGGAGACCAGGAGUAUGCGGAACCUUCUUGGGAUGAGGAGGAGUUCGGAGACUAUCCGAUGGACGGCAACGAUGACUGGGAUUCUGAUGACUUACCAGACUCCAGUUCCACCUCGAAGCCUCAAAUCCUAGGAGUGACUCCAUCAGCUAUGUCCAGGAUAGGACCAGUGAAGACUGUAGUCGUGUCUGCUGCGGAGACAAUAGCAGCUACCAAUGCGAGACCCAGGAUCUUGGAUGAACCCAUGACUCCAGUGGAACGAGCAGCUCUUCGGAAGGCAGCGUAUAGAAGCAUGAACGACUUGUUGAAGAAUGGGAAGUGCGUGGACCCUCAGCCACGCUGGCUGAUAGUGAGACAGUUGGCUCCAGCUGCUGAUACCAGAUAUUUGCCACCGUGCGUACAGCUGCACCGAUGUGCUCCUGAUUCUGGCUGCUGCGUCAACGAGAGUGAGGUCUGCGCCCCGAUCGAAGGCAAGACAGUCGUUCUACCAUUCUAUCUUCACAAAGCGACUGGAUCGAUGAACGUGGUGAAGAUGCAGUUCUUCAACCACACUCGGUGUGGAUGUGUCUCUCGGGGAACACUACAGAUGACGGUCACCACUGCAGUGGUCAAGCCAAGCGACGGAGACAGUCAGGAGGAGCUGGAAAGACCCUCACGCCGAGCCAUGGUAGAAAGUCAGAAUGACUGGAGAACGCCUACUGAAGAACCUCUCUUGGAAAAGAACGAUGAACCAACGGCACCUCCCCAGUUACGCAGAUGUACUUGUCCAGCUCUAUUCCUGGCCAGCAUGACAGAGUACGAGCCUUGUUCAUGCGUCUGCGACUGGCCUGAUGCUGGUCGCCGCCGAGACUGCCAGUACCUUGCCAAGGGACGAGAGCAUUUUGGUCUUCGGGACAGAGUAUGUGUGGCUCGAGGAGACUGCACACCACCUUCCUGUGAAUACGGUGCCUACGACAGAACUGUAGGCAAAUGUCCCUUACGAAGGUAUAGAAGAAUGAGGUACCACUCCCGAGGAAGAUACCAAGAGAAGACCAUGGUGGUGUGAGGGAACCAAGAAUGUAUUUGGUUAUAUGUAUUCUAUUGUAUUAUGCCACAUUGCCAGCAUUUAGGGGACUUUCGAGACCGUCUUGGUUUUUUGCAUUUAGACUAACUGUAGAGUCUGAACAAAUUAUAAUUAUCUGUAGUGUAUUCUGUUUAUCCAUCGACUUCUUUUCUUCAUCCAAGUCGAAAUCUUUUCAAAUUGUUAUAGAAUAUGCUAUAUAUAUAAGAAUAGUGAACUUAAUUUAGCAACUAAUUUAAGUUAACAUGACAGAAUCAGAAUGUACUUAAAUACAUAUAAACACAAUGUUUCUUGAUUAAGUAUGGAUCAAUUCUCUCCAAAUGCUGAAGAAGUUGUUAUGUUUGAAGAAGUCCCCUAUUUGUGCAAAUGAGUUCAUAGCAGCAUAAUACCUACAUUCAUAUUAUUAUAAUUAUGUACAUGUAUUUAAAUAUUAAGUUUAAUAAUUAUGUACCCAUGUACAAAAUGGCGUCCGACACGAGAUUUUUUGGAAAAAACGCGUUUUUCCUAAAUUGUGACCGAAAUGAAUUAAAUAAUGAUAGAUAGGUUUAUUCGAAGACUGCAUUUGUUUUGUAGUAGAUACAUUUUACUUCUAAAAACAGUUAGUUGGUCUAAUUGUUUCUUUGUUGGUUAAUUUACCAGUAUGAUAUACUGGUAAAUUAACCACAAACAAAGAAACAAAGUUGAUGAAUUAAAAUUGUAUACUCUUUGGUAAUAUUUCGGUUAUUUCGGAAAUAGUAUCGUCAUUUCGGGUCGGACUGACCAUACAAGAUACAACUAAGUAGGUGUACCUAUUGUGCCAUAAUUUUUGAGUUUCGAAAUUGAGUCAGUAUCUGAUAUACUUAUUUUUUGUUAUUCCUUGAGAUGACUGCUGUUCUAUAGAGAACUUAUAUUAUGCAUAUUACUUUUGCCUACCUUUAAAAAUUUCACGCCAAUUUUUGUGAGGCCGAGCGGCCCAGCUUUGAGGAAGCAUGGCUCGCCCACAUGAGAA